GAGGUUUUGUUUGUUCGGCCUUGAGUUCGUCUCUGUCCUCUCUUUCCCCUCAUUCCUCUCCAGGGUUAUGAAGCUUAGAGAGAGGAGAGAGAAAACUCCGUAAACACAAACACACCAACAAAAACCUAAAACGGGAAACCAAUUUUUCUCUCUCGAUUUCCCUGAAUCUGUACUUCGAAUCAUUUUCCCGGAAAACCAUCGGAUACCUCUUCCUGUUCGGAGAAAUUCCUAGGAUCUGAUAGAAGAGGAGGAGGAGCUAGGGUUUCUGUUUCUCUGGUCUUUUGAUUUCGAGAAGCGGGAACUGGAUUCAAAGAAUGUUGAUCAGAGAAGCGGUUUUGUGCGAAUUCUAGUUGGAUCGAUCUCAGUUAGGUUUUAAUUUCGUGCGUGAGCUUGGAUAAUGGAUGUCGAUUCGUCUAUGGUGCCGGAGAACGAUCAUGAUCCGGCGGUUCAGAACCCAGGCGGAGGUCAAUCCCCCUCGCCGAUGGAGAGGGAGGCGCCACAGCAGAUGAGCGAGCAAUCUCUGCCGGGAGCCGGAUCCGCGCCGGCGUCUUCAUCUCCUGACUCGGCGGCGAGUCCGCCGGCGCAACAGCAGGCGGCGGCGCAAUCACAGCCAGUUGCGGUGGCUGGUCCGAGAUGUGCGCCGACCUAUUCGGUGGUGAACGCUAUAAUAGAAAACAAGGAGGACGGUCCUGGUCCUAGGUGUGGUCACACGUUGACGGCGGUGCCUGCCGUUGGUGAGGAGGGCACGCCUGGUUACAUAGGGCCUCGUCUCAUCUUGUUCGGUGGUGCGACGGCUCUCGAGGGCAAUUCUGGGGGAACCGGGACGCCAUCUUCAGCUGGAAGUGCGGGCAUUCGACUAGCUGGUGCAACUGCUGACGUUCAUUGUUAUGAUGUCCUCUCAAAUAAGUGGACAAGGCUGACACCCUAUGGUGAGCCACCUACCCCGAGAGCUGCACAUGUUGCAACUGCUGUUGGGACUAUGGUAGUUAUUCAGGGUGGAAUUGGUCCUGCUGGUUUGUCGGCUGAGGAUCUUCAUGUUCUUGAUCUCACUCAACAACGGCCACGUUGGCAUAGGGUUGUUGUUCAGGGUCCUGGACCAGGACCCCGUUAUGGGCAUGUCAUGGCGCUGGUGGGACAGAGGUAUCUCAUGGCUAUCGGUGGAAAUGAUGGGAAACGUCCACUCGCUGAUGUAUGGGCCUUGGACACUGCUGCAAAGCCUUAUGAAUGGCGUAAGCUGGAACCUGAAGGGGAAGGUCCUCCUCCAUGCAUGUAUGCCACUGCAAGUGCACGCUCUGAUGGUCUUCUUCUCCUUUGUGGUGGAAGGGAUGCAAACAGUGUGCCUCUUGCAAGUGCAUAUGGACUUGCCAAGCAUAGAGAUGGACGUUGGGAGUGGGCCAUCGCUCCUGGUGUUUCGCCUUCGGCCAGAUAUCAGCAUGCAGCAGUCUUUGUGAAUGCAAGACUCCAUGUGUCUGGUGGGGCUCUUGGUGGUGGGCGCAUGGUAGAAGAUUCUUCAAGCGUUGCAGUGUUGGAUACUGCAGCGGGUGUAUGGUGUGACACAAAAUCGGUUGUUACUAGUCCUAGAACUGGUAGGUACAGUGCUGAUGCAGCUGGUGGUGAUGCUUCUGUUGAGCUGACCAGACGUUGUAGGCAUGCUGCUGCUGCAGUCGGUGAUUUGAUUUUUGUUUAUGGUGGUCUACGUGGAGGGGUGUUACUCGACGACCUAUUGGUUUCUGAAGAUCUUGCUGCCGCAGAAACAACAUCUGCUGCCUCUCAUGCUGCUGCUGCGGCAGGGGGCAGAUUACCUGGGAGGUAUGGUUUCUCUGAUGAAAGGACGAGGCAGUUAUCUGAGACAUCACCUGAUGGCGCUGUUGUGCUUGGAAACCCUGUUGCCCCCCCUGUAAAUGGGGAUAUGUAUACUGAUAUAAGCACUGAAAAUGCAAUGCUUCCUGGAGUUCGGAGAACUAACAAGGGUGUGGAGUAUCUCGUUGAAGCAUCAGCAGCGGAAGCAGAGGCUAUCAGUGCUACACUGGCUGCCGCAAAGGCACGGCAGGUCAACGGUGAAGUUGAACUCCCAGAUAGGGAUCGUGGUGCUGAGGCUACACCUAGUGGGAAACCGACGUCUUCAUUAAUCAAGCCAGACUCUGCGGCUUCAAACAAUGUUCCUCCUGCAGGGGUUCGGCUUCAUCAUAGAGCUGUGGUGGUUGCCGCAGAAACUGGUGGAGCCUUAGGUGGAAUGGUUAGGCAGUUAUCAAUCGAUCAGUUUGAAAAUGAGGGACGGCGUGUUAGCUAUGGAACACCAGAAAGUGCAACAGCAGCAAGGAAAUUAUUAGAUCGACAGAUGUCCAUCAACAGUGUCCCUAAGAAGGUUAUAGCUCAUCUUUUGAAGCCUCGUGGAUGGAAGCCUCCAGUUCGACGACAGUUUUUCUUGGAUUGCAAUGAAAUAGCAGAUCUUUGUGAUAGCGCUGAACGUAUCUUUGCAAGUGAACCAACCGUUUUACAGCUUAGAGCUCCUAUCAAGAUAUUUGGUGAUCUCCAUGGACAGUUUGGUGAUCUUAUGCGCCUUUUUGAUGAAUAUGGCUCACCGUCAACAGCUGGAGAUAUAGCAUACAUCGAUUACCUCUUCUUAGGAGAUUAUGUCGAUCGGGGUCAACACAGCCUAGAAACAAUCACACUUUUGCUUGCGUUAAAGGUUGAGUACCUUCAUAAUGUACAUUUAAUUCGUGGAAAUCAUGAAGCCGCGGAUAUUAAUGCCCUUUUCGGCUUCAGGAUAGAAUGCAUCGAGCGGAUGGGUGAAAGAGAUGGAAUCUGGGUGUGGCACCGAAUAAACCGUUUAUUCAAUUGGCUUCCUCUGGCUGCAUUGAUCGAGAAGAAAAUAAUCUGUAUGCAUGGGGGUAUUGGUCGGUCCAUAAAUCAUGUGGAGCAGAUAGAAAAUAUUCAGCGUCCUAUUACCAUGGAAGCAGGCUCCAUUGUUCUUAUGGACUUAUUGUGGUCCGAUCCAACUGAAAACGACAGCGUGGAAGGACUACGACCCAAUGCUAGGGGUCCUGGUUUGGUUACUUUCGGGCCGGACCGUGUUAUGGAGUUCUGCAGCAACAACGAUCUUCAGUUGAUUGUUCGCGCACAUGAAUGUGUAAUGGAUGGAUUCGAGCGUUUCGCCCAGGGCCACUUGAUAACACUUUUCUCAGCUACAAAUUAUUGUGGUACGGCAAACAAUGCAGGGGCAAUCUUAGUAUUGGGGAGAGAUCUCGUUGUGGUCCCUAAACUGAUUCAUCCGUUACCUCCAGCGAUGUCAUCCCCUGAAGCUUCACCAGAAAGACAUAUAGAAGACACAUGGAUGCAGGAACUGAACGCUAAUAGACCACCAACACCGACCAGAGGACGUCCACAAGCCCCCAACGACCGAGGCUCACUCGCUUGGAUAUAAUGACCACACUCUCUCCUGCUGCGUACAUAGACAUACUUCUCCCAAAAAAAAACUCCUCCUGAAGGCCGAUUUCCCGGCAAUGGCUGAUGUUGUGUACAGAGCUGAAAACAAGAAAAAAACCUCCUUCCGAGACCCGCGAAUUGCUGUUCUUCGAUGUAAGUCUUUCUAUCCACAGGUUGAAAUUGAUGAUUAAUGACGAGACCUGGGAAUCGAAAUCGUCACUGUGGAUGCAUAGGUGUGUGUGUGUGUAAAUUGAGUGCAAAAAAAAAAAGGUCGAUAUGAAAAAGGGUAUGGGAAAGCAAGAAAAAACUCAGUUUUGGUGGUGAAGGGGAGAGUUUCUUCAGACGCGGGUGAGGUUUUAGUUUGCUGGUUUAGUCUUCUUUUAUAUCAAUUUCCCAUUCAGCCGGUUCUCUUUUUUCUUUUGUUUCUUCUUCUUCUUCUUUACUUUUUGGCCUUUUGGUGAGUGGCACGAGAGCACUUAGAGAUGGUGGCAGCAGAGUGACAUAUAUGAUUAUUAUUAUUAUUAUAUAUAUAUGAUUAUGGUAAUGAUAUAUUUAGUCAGCACUAGUUUUAGCGUUUGUGUUGCGGUGUAUCAUAGAGGGUGUUUGGGCUUUAUGUGUAACUCUCUCUACCACCCACUUGAUUCAGUUUGUGCCAUUUGCAACCGGUGUGUGUGUUGAACCAUUUGAAACCGGUUUGUGUGUUGGUGAUAACAAAAUUGUUUGUUUGCUUUUUCCUUC